ACAGUGGGAUAAUCGAGAGCAUCGUCAACUUUUUUAAAAGCACUAAAAGUACUGUUACAGAAUCAGAAGGCAUUUUAGAGGAAAAUACUAAUAUUGAAAGUAAAGGUUUACGAAAAGGUAAAAUGCAACAUGUCCUUCGCCGCCCCAGACCAAGAAUGCAUCGAAAGAGAGAUGAAUCCCAUAGCCAAAAUAUUUAUUAUCCCAAAACAGAAAUGAAUAUAACAGGACAAUUCCAUAGACUAGUUUCUCCUGUUGAAAUAAAAGCACAUAAAUUGAUGAUUGCUAAGACCUGGAAUUACACUCUGCCUAUAAAAAAGAAAAAAAGUAAUUUAAUGGAGAAAACGAAUCUUUUCAACGCUCCUCAAGAAGUUAAAAUUGUAUUCCUUAAUGAUCUCAGAAAUGACUCGGCAUUUAAUAAUUUGCUAGGAAAUCGUGAAAUAAACACUGCGUUGGGAAACCUAACAGAUAAUUUGGAACAGAUUCAAAGCAUAAAAGUAUUAGAAAAAAACUCUGUUGUGGAUUUACUAAGUCUGCAUAACAACAGCGCAAAAAUAAAAUUCGAUAUAACAACGCCAUAUGCUACAGAUAGUGCAAAGAAUGUGAAAGGUGUUAAUGAGACAAACAGGAAAAAUGUGAGAUUUGUUGCUGUUCAUAAUUGGAUUUAUAAUGAAAGAAAACAGGAUUCUAUGAAUGUUUCUGAAAAAUACCAGCUGCACAAAAAUAUUGUUGGUCAUGUAUCAAACGGAACUUCACAUGCUCCUGAAUAUACGGUAACAACGUUAACUAAAUCGCCUGUUGUUCAAAGCAUAUCGCUUUCUUCAAAUGCUAUAAACAGAAGCAGUGCGGGACAAAUUCUAGACAAAGUAAGCAACAGGUCAAAAGCAACUGAUAGAACAUCCACAUUACAUUCUCGAGAUGCAUCAAGUAAUGUAUAUUUUAAUAAGCUUGACCAGAAAAAAGGGCAAAUGAUUUUGCAAGAAAAUCCAACGCAUAUUUCCACUGUUGGAAGCAUUAUUUUGCUGGAACCUAAAGGAGUUCAUCUUCUUGCGUCUAAUGGGGAAAAUUUAAAUAAUGUGAAUGAAGGCUUUAAUUUUUCAAAGUAUCAUCUAUUUCAAAAUUCUACUGAACGCACAGCAAGUAACCCACCUAAUAUAUCGACAUCUUUAAAUAAACUACAUGUUCUUUCAAGUACAACACUUUCUGCAGAUACGAGUAACUUUAAAGAAAAAAUAAAUCAUGGUACAAUCACUCCAUAUAGUAGUGAAACUUCGAAGAAGGUAAAGGAUACGUAUAAUGUCCAAAGCACAAACAUACGAAUGAUUCCAGUCGAUAGUUUCAAACAGAUAUCUACAACUGAAAGUAUUAUUAGUUCGGAACCUAAAUAUUUUCUAUUUAUCAAGCAUAAUAAGGAAAAUGUAAAUGAUAUGCAACAUAAUCAUAAAUUUUCUAGUUAUCAGCUACUCCAGAAUGCUACAAAAUCGGACAACAAUUCCUUUGCACCAAGAUUUGACUUAGCAAUUUCGCAAAAUCUGCAUGUACUUUUAAGUACCGCAGUCUCUUCUAGUGACGUAAUGAGAAACGCUACAGAAAAUUUAUCAGAAGGAAAUGCCGAUAAAGACCGGACAGCAAUGUACGGGAACAGCACAAAGAUAGAUGAUUUUGCAAUCACAUCUCAUGUUAGAAAUCUUACAAGUAAUAUAAUACAUAUCGAUGAUGCUGAAAAGAAAAAUGUUCGAGGAUUGUUUCUUCAUAAUUCAACCAGUUUUUUGAAUGAAAAUAUUACUGCGUCUGGAUCAAAUUGCACUUUGCUUUGCAUUUACAAAGAUAGAGAAAUUGAAACUUUGAAAGAAAACAAUCAUUUUUCAAAAUUUCAUCCAUUUCAAAAUUAUUCUGUGCACACUUUGAGCAGCAUUUCAUUUAUGCCAAAAUUUCAGUUAACACCUUCAAAUAAUUUGCGUAAUGUCACCAUGUUCUUCUCUAAUGUUAAAAAGAAAAUCGAUUCCGAAGAGCGAUUGUCAACAUCUAGAAAUAAAACUCAUGAAUUUUUCCAAACAAUUGCACCAAAUAUAACUCUUCGAAGCUUACCAAUCUCCUUAAUUAUUAGAAAGCAAAAUUCUUCAGAACACAUGCAGCUUUCAACAAAUGAGUCUGGUGAAUUAUCCCAGAGCAUUAAGAAUGUUCUUUAUCACCCCACCGAAAUUUAUUCUACAAAAAAUAAAACGUCCAGCAUCUUUUUGAAUAAAGAAUUUCAGUUUGAAAAUAACAUGCAGAAAACAACAGUUGCAAAUGAUAUCCCGUAUAUGAAAAAUCGGAAAGAAGUUUAUUUUACCACACUGAUGGGAGAGUUGGCUAAAACUCGAAAAUUGAAGAGAGAGUUUAAAAUGACGGAUGGCAGUCAAUUUGAAACUUUUGAACAAACUGAAAGAUAUGAUCGACCUUCAUUCUAUGAAACUGAACAGAACGAGCGAAUCAGAAAGCAAGCACCAAUGUCAUUAUUGAAAGAUAUAAAGUAUGCAGAUAAUCAUUGGAUCGAAGAUAAAAUGUCGCAAAAUAAAAUUAUCUUUGGCGGUAAAAGCAAAAUUAUUAAAAGGGGGAAUACAAAGACCUUUCAGAGUCCACUGCAACUUCGGAAACAUCCUAUCUUUGUACGUUACACCAACGGAAAGAAAUUUUCUGAUUGGCAAAAUUCCAUGAAUGCAGGCAACAUAUAUCACAAUAGCGAAAGCUUGUAUGAAGGGAGAACUCAGUACCCAGAACAAGAGCUGAUUUCUGCUUAUAAUGAUGUCCCUGAAGCUGCUAUUGUUUGAUAUCAGGAAGAAGGAAUGUCUAACAUCUUAAACUUCAUUAAAAUUUA